GCCCGAGCGAGAUAGACGUGUAGCAAGCGGGCGAUCGUGUCACACGUCAUCACUUUCCAAACUUGAAAACUUGCCGCAAGUGUGUUGUGUGUGCUGUGUUGAUGUGAUUAGUGUGUGUGAGCAUGAGGGGCGCCUGGGUGGCGUGCUGGCUGCUGGCAGCGCUGGCGGCCGUAGAGGCAGACAUGAGACAUUUAGCAGGCGACACAAUAUGCCCAAACGGAAUGUUCCGAUGUUCAGACGGCAAGUGCAUCCCCGCGCUUUGGGUGUGCAACUACCAACAGGACUGCGAGAGGGGGGAGGACGAGCUGCAGUCUUGCCAGCCCCCGGAGUGCGAAGCGGGUCAGCUGACGUGUGGACAGUACGUGUGGAACAAGACAUACUGCAUCCCGCCGCACUACCGCUGUGACAUGUACGUUGACUGCGUUGACGGCACCGACGAGGCGGAUUGCACAUACCGCAAGUGUCAAAUUGAUGACUUUCAAUGCGGGGUGGAGAAUGCCGGCUACAGUAAAAUAUCCACGACACAGGGACCUUGCAUACCAAAAGAGAAGAAAUGCGACGGCUAUGUAGACUGCAGAACGGGUAAAGACGAACAGGAUUGUCCGGGCAGCCCACUCAGCUGCCGGCUCGACCAAUUUCGAUGUGCCUCUGGUGAUAAAUGCGUGGAUUCGAGCGCCAAGUGUGACCAUAAGGAUGAUUGUGGGGAUAACUCAGAUGAAGCACAGUGUAAUUUCCCCCCCUGCCACAUAGGGCAGUUCCGCUGCAGCAACGAGCUGUGCAUCCCGGUGACGUACCACUGCGACGGUUACAAGGACUGCGCGGACGGCUCGGACGAGGCCAACUGCACGGCCAUCACGUGCCCCGACAACAAGUACCUGUGCCCCAGGGGCGGGCCCGGGGGCACGCACAAGUGCAUCGCCCGGUCGCAGCUGUGCAACGGACACAAGGAUUGUGACGAUAACGCUGAUGAAGAGGCCGCUUGUUCGACGGCGUCGUGCCCCGCGCUGGAGUGCGAGCAGCUGUGCGUGGCGUCCCCGCUGGGCGGCGCGUGCGCGUGCGGCGCGGGGCUGGCGCUGGCGGCCGACAACCGCGCCUGCCGCGACCGCGACGAGUGCGCCGAGUGGGGCCCGUGCCACCAGCUCUGCGUCAACACGCCCGGCUCCUACAAAUGCGCAUGUGCCCCGGGCUACACGCUGACGGGCAACAGCAGCUGCAAGGCGAACGCGGAGCCGCCCACGCUGGUGCUGGCGCACGACAAGGGGCUGCUGAAGCUCGAUCUGGACAAGCGCUUGCCCACGAUACUGGCCAAUGCCUCGUCUGCUGCCGGACUCGACUACCAUUAUAGAAGGAAUAUGCUGUUCUGGUCAGAUCUUAAAACUAGAAAGAUCCACGCGCAGCACCUGAGCCCGGGCAGCAGCGCGCACAGCACGAGCGACAUCUCGGUGCUGGGCUCGUGGGCGCCGGUCGCGCUGGCGGUGGACUGGGUCGGCGACAAGCUGUACGUGGCGGACGCGCUGGGGCAGAAGGUGGACGUGUUCGAGCUGGACGGGCGCGGCCACGCCGUCGUGCUCGGCUCCAACCUCACCAGCCCCGCCGACAUCGCGCUCGACCCCACGCUCGGCCUCAUGUUCGUCGCGGACAGCAGUCAGAUCAUUCGCGCAAACAUGGAUGGAACCCACUCCAGGUCGAUAGUAUCGGAAGCGACAUAUAAGGCGUCCGGUAUUGCUGUGGAUACGAUAGCAAGGCGGAUAUUCUGGUGCGACUCUCUCCUGGACUACAUCGAAACAGUCGACUAUGAUGGAAAUUACAGGUUCUUAGUGCUGCGAGGCCAGCAAGUCCCCAGCCCGUCGAGGCUGGCUCUGUUCGAAGAUAAAGUUUUCUGGUCCGAUAGCACUAAGCAAGGAAUCAGUUCUGUCAACAAAUAUCUCGGCUCGUCCAGCAUAGAAGCUAUUUAUAAAAUUAAAGACAUAAGGGAGCCGAAAGCGUUGACCGUAAUACACUCUUUAAAACAAACGUCCGUAAAUAAUCCCUGUGGGAAUAAUAACGGCGGCUGCUCACAGAUGUGCAUCGUGACGGCGCUGCCCAACGGAGGGCUCGGCUACCGCUGCGCCUGCAACAUUGGAUAUAGGUUAGAGACUGACUUAAGAAACUGUGAUUUAGUUAAGGAAUUCCUCAUGUAUUCACAACAGAGAUUUAUUAAAGGCAAAGUUUUGAACCCCGUUAUAGAGGGCUUCAACGACGCCAUCUUGCCCGUUGUUUCGAGGCGUGCUCGAUUUGUCGGAUUAGAUUUCGAUUCGCGGGACGAGUACAUUUAUUAUUCAGACGUCCUGCAAGAUGUAAUUUACAGAGUACACAGAAACGGAACGACAAGGGAAAUCGUCCUGGCGUCACAAAAUGAAGGAGUGGAAGGAUUAGCUGUAGAUUGGGCGUCCAAAAACUUGUAUUAUAUAGAUUCUAGGAAGGGUACAUUAAAUGUUCUCUCGACGAGAAACGUUUCAUACAAGAGAACUCUAUUAAAAGACUUAAAGAGACCGCGUGCUAUAGUCGUCCAUCCGAACAAAGGCUACAUAUUCUUCUCUGAAUGGGACCGACCAGCUAACAUUAGCAGAGCGAACACGGACGGUAGUGGCUUAUUGGUGUUCGAAAAUGUUACUCUAGGUUGGCCAAACGGCUUAUCGAUAGAUUUCGACGCAGACCGAGUUUACUGGUGCGAUGCUCUAUUAGACCACGUGCAACACGCCAGACUAGAUGGAACAGACGUACAAACUGUUAAUUCCAGAUUGAUCAGACAUCCUUUCUCGAUAGUGAUCUACAAGGACUUCAUGUAUAUAACCGAUUGGAGAUUAGAUGCUAUUGUACGCUUACACAAACUGACCGGUGAACAAGAAGACAUCAUGGUUAGGGAACCGCAAACGAACAGGCUAUACGGUGUUAAAGUAUAUAGCGAAGAAGUUCAAAGAAUAGAUCCUAACCAACCGUGUUCCGUCAACAACGGAAACUGUCAGAAGUUCUGCUUCGCCAUACCACGAAAUACCACAGAAUUGCUCACUGUUAAGUGUGGAUGUCCAUACGGUGAAAAACUGGCUAAAGAUGGCACGAGUUGUGUGCCAGACCCAACAUUCGAGCCGCCGCUACAGGCCUGCCCCAACACCUGGGACUUCACCUGCAACAACCAGCGCUGCAUUCCGAAGAGCUGGGUGUGUGAUGGUGAUGACGACUGCUUGGAUAACAGUGACGAAGAACAAAAUUGUACAAAAACAACAUGCAACGCAUCAGAAUUCAUGUGCAAAUCGGGUCGCUGCAUCCCCGCGACAUUCAAGUGCGACUCGGAGAACGACUGCGGCGACUUCUCCGACGAGACCGGCUGCGUCAACGUCACCUGCAGCUCCUCGCAGUUCCAGUGCGAUAACGGCCGCUGUGUGCCCAACACUUGGAAGUGUGACUCGGAGAAUGAUUGUGGAGAUGGCUCGGAUGAAGGGUCGCAUUGUGCGGAGAAGACCUGCGCUUACUUCCAGUUCACGUGUCCGCGCACGGGGCACUGCAUCCCCGCGUCGUGGGUGUGCGACGGCGACGACGACUGCUUCGACAAGCAGGACGAGGCCGACUGCCCGCCCGUGUCCUGCCUCGCCAGCCAGUUCAAGUGCGCUGACCUCAAGCAGUGCGUGCAGGAAGCAUACAAGUGCGACGGCAUCCCGGACUGCAACGACGGGUCGGACGAGGCGGGCUGCCCGUCGCUGGCGCCGCACCAGUGCGCGCCCGACAAGCAGUUCCAGUGCACCACCUCCGGCAUCUGCAUACCGCACACCUGGUACUGCGACGGCACGCCGGACUGCGAGGACCUGUCGGACGAGCCGGCCGCGUGCGGUGCGGCGGCGUGCCCCGCGGGACACUUCCGCUGCGCCAACGGGCGCUGCGUGUUCCGCGCGUACGUGUGCGACGGGAGGGACGACUGCGGGGACGGCUCGGACGAGGGCAUGGAGCAUGCGUGCAAGGCGCCCGCGUUCAGAUGUCCAGCGAACCAAUGGCAAUGUCCCGGUGUCACAAAUCGUUGCGUCAAUAUCACACAAGUUUGUGACGCGAAUUUAGAUUGUCCUAAUGGUGCUGAUGAAGGUGAGGGUUGCGAUUUUGCUGAAUGUGAGCAUCGUUCUGGAUUAUGUUCCAACGAAUGUAAACAAACUCCAACCGGCCCACUGUGUCUCUGUCCCAGUGGAGAAGAGCUUGAAAGUGAUGGUUUCACCUGCAAGGACAUCGACGAAUGCAACCCGCCCGGCUUGUGCUCACAAAUCUGCACAAACACUAAACGAUCUUACUUCUGCAGUUGUGUGGAUGGAUACCAACUCGCUGCCGACAAACAUUCCUGCAAAGCCAACAACCAUUCUAGCGCUUUCUUGAUCAUAUCUAAUAGACAUUCCAUCUUAGUUGCCGAUCUCAAUGAGCAAGGCUUAGAACGAGUACCGAUUAAUGUAGAAAAUGUAGUCGCAACCGCGUCUAACAUGCAUACGGGCACGAUAUUCUGGUCCGAUAUGAAGCUCAAGAUUAUUUCCCGACUCGACAGAGGUAGUGAGCCGCAAAUUCUCGUAUCGACUGGCCUUGAUUUAGUUGAAGGAUUAGCUUACGAUUGGGUCGGAGGAAAUAUUUAUUGGCUGGACAGCAAACUGAACACGAUUGAAGUAUCCAAAGAGGAUGGUACUUUCAGAACAGCGCUGGUCAGCGGCAACAUCACGCAGCCGAGAGGCAUGUGCUUAGACCCAGCUCCCAACGCGAGAUGGCUGUUCUGGACCGAUUGGGGAGAAAAUCCUCGUAUCGAAAGAGUUGGUAUGGACGGUACACAACGUAUGGCGAUCAUUACCACAAAAAUUUACUGGCCGAACGGUUUAACACUCGAUACGGCGACACAGAGAGUAUAUUUCGCGGAUUCUAAACUAGAUUUUAUUGAUUUCUGUUACUAUAACGGUUCCGGAAGACAGCAAGUGUUAGCGGGAAGUCAUUACCUUCUUCACCCGCAUUCGCUCACGUUGUUUGAAGACACGUUGUACUGGACUGAUCGUCAGUUGAACCGAGUUUUAUCUGCGCACAAGUUCAGAGGCACGAACCAAACGGUAGUAUCGCACCUGAUAUCGCAGCCGCUGUCCAUCCACGUGCACCACCCGUCCCUCCAGCCGCCCUACGUGUCUCCGUGCAAACCGGAUACGUGUCAACAUCUUUGCCUUUUGAGUCCGAACAAAACGACAGGAUACACUUGUAUGUGUAAGCCAGGAUUUAAAUUAUUACCGGACGGAAAAUGUAUCGAAGAGGAAUCUCCGUAUCUAAUGGUUCUCAAGGGAUCACAAAUAAUAGAUUUGUCGCCCGAUGGAUCUGGCAGAGCUGGACAAUUACCUCCAGUGGUUGGAAUUCAAGGAGGAGUUCAAUUGGAUUACGAUCGACAAGGACAUAUGUUAUACUGGCUUCAAUCAAUAUCUGGUGACAGUGAAGAUGACGAGAACUGUACCGUUUACAGCAUGCCUUAUGGAGGAGGAAAUAAGGUCGAAUUCCUGGGUCAGGACAAUGGAAUAGUUGGAGCGCCGUCAGCUAUAGCCUUUGAUUGGCUCGGACGAAAUCUAUACAUGUCAAAUAGAGUCGCUAGUAACAUCGAACUUAUACGAGUAGAUGGUAAAGUAAAAUACAGAUCUAUUGUAUUCGCUAAUGACGGAAGUAGAAACUCAAUUGCUAAACCAAGAGGAAUAUGCCUUGAUCCUACUGAAGGAAAAAUAUACUGGGCUGAUGAAGGUGGCUAUGGUGUACCAGCAAAGAUCGGAAAAGUAAACAUGGACGGUACAUAUCCAGUCAUAUUAGUUGAUUCUAUAGAAAGACCUGAAGCCGUUACUGUGGAUAUUGAAAAGAAAAUAAUUUACUUCAGCACCCAAUAUCCUGCUAGCAUUGUCAGUGUGAACACAGAAGGAAAUGACAGAAAAACAAUCCUGACAGAAGCUAAUGCUAUAUCGUAUCCCAAAGUUAUUUCAGUUCUCGAUUCACGAUUGUACGUAUUGGAUCAACGCCACGAAAAGAUUUUCAAAGCUGAUCUUCCAAACGGCGAUAAUAUCAAGGUCAUACUCGAUAAUGAAAGUGAUCUCAAAUCUAUGACGAUAUUCCAAAAAAGAAAAAUGAUGCAUCAUCCAUGUUCGCAAAACAAUGGCGGAUGUGAACAAAUAUGUAUUCCGAGUGAAGGUGGUUCCAGAGUAUGUGCAUGCUCAGUCGGCUAUAGGAAGGAGAAUGAAAUAAACUGCGUUCCUUAUAAGACAUUUGCAGUUGUUUCUCAACUGGAUCUAAUUCGUGGCUACAGUCUAGAAGGAAGCGCAGAAGCAAUGGUCCCAGUUACUGGCGUUGGUCACCAUAUCUUGCACGUUGAUGUUCACUUCGCAGAUAACUACAUUUACUGGGUGGAAUUCAACCGUGGACAGUGGAACGGUAUUUUCCGUGUCAGACCUAACGGCACAGAGCUGCAACACAUUGUAAAGGACGGUAUUGGUAGUAAUGGAAUCAGAGGCUUAGCCGUUGACUGGGUUGCUGGCAAUUUAUAUUUCACUAAUGUCUUCCCACAUGAAAAUUACGUAGAAAUGUCUUGGCUCGAUGGAUCGAAUAGAAAAGUUAUUGUUAAGACCACUAUGGAUGCUCCACGAGAACUAGCAGUUAAUCCUAUAAAGAGAUUAUUAUAUUGGAUUGACUAUGGUCAAUAUCCAAGAAUUGGAAAGGCUUAUCUCGACGGAAGCAACUGGCAAACGCUUGUCACAUCUGGAAUAUCAAAUCCUAGAGAUUUAACGAUAGAUAUGCUCACUCAUGACGUUUAUUGGGUAGAUUCUAAGCUCGACCAAAUACAGAAAAUUUCAUACAGCGGUGGAAACAGACAACUAAUACGAUCAAACCUUCCUAAUCCAAUGGGUAUUGCAAUACACACAGGAAAUGUUUACUGGGUGGAUAGAAACUUGCAAACAAUUUACAAGGCCUCCAAGUUACCCGGUAACAUGUCGAUGCCAGAAAAAUUACGAACGAACCUUCCAAAAUUGAGAGACAUUGUUAUUUUCGAUAUAAACAAUCAACCCACAGAUGAAAACAAUCCUUGCAGAAAACUUGGAAACGGUGGUUGUGAUCAGCUUUGUUUCAGUUAUCCACCUGAUGCGAACAAAGGCUAUACACACAGAUGUGAUUGUGCCACUGGUCAAAUAUCUGCUAAUAAUCCUAAAAAGUGUGAUGUUGUCGACGAAUACUUAGUGUUCACUACAAGGACUGAAAUUCGCGCUAUCAACUUAGACCCUAAAUCGACUGGUGUACCUUUCAAACCCAUUGGAAACUUGACUAACGUCGUUGGAGUAGAAUUCGAUUAUGCAGAUAAUAAAUUAUUCUUCACACAAAUAAGACCAUGGGCAAGAAUCGCUUGGAUGUCUGCGAACAACCCAGAUAUAUCCGGAAUACAAAACAUUAUCAACAAAAAUAUAAAUCCCGAAGGUAUCUCAUACGAUUGGACGCAAAAGAAAAUCUAUUGGACUGAUAGUUCAAAUAAUUCUAUUUACGCUAUGAAUUUAGAUGGCACCGAAUUAGUAAUGAUUGCAAGAGUCGAACGUCCAAGAGCCAUUGUUGUGGAUCCAUGCAAUGGAACAUUGUAUUAUACUGAUUGGGGACGAUUUGGCACAUCAGGAAAAAUUUAUAGAACAACUAUGGCUGGUUCAUUAAAGAAAGCUAUUAUCGACAAAGAUUUAUCGCAACCCAGCGGUCUAACAAUAGAUUUCGAAGAAGACAUGCUUUAUUGGACAGAUGCUGUACGUGAAAAGAUUGAACGCUCGAAACUGGAUGGCUCGGAUAGAGAAGUUUUAAUUUCCGCUACAAUUUAUCCAUUCGCAAUAACAGUCUUUAGAAAUUAUAUUUAUUGGACUGAUUUACAAUUGCGUGGUGUAUACCGAGCGGAAAAACACACUGGUGCUAAUAUGAUCGAAAUGGUCAAACGUUUAGAGGAUUCUCCACGUGACAUCCACAUUUACAGUACUAGCCGACAAAAAUGUCAAACGAACCCUUGUAAAAUUAAUAACGGUGGCUGUGCUCAUAGUUGUCAUCCUGCGCCAAACAAUUCAGUAGAAUGUAAAUGUGAUGACAAUACAAAGCUUGUGAAUGAAGGCCGUAUGUGUGUCUCAAAAAACAUCACCUGUGAUCCUAGCAAGUUCUUCUGCGCUAAUGGCAAAUGUAUCAGCAGAAUGUGGUCUUGUGAUGGAGAUGAUGACUGUGGAGAUAAUUCAGAUGAAGACAUUAAUUACUGUGCUUACCAUUCUUGCUCGCCGAAUGAGUUCCGAUGCAACAACGGUCGCUGCAUUUUUAAAUCAUGGAAAUGUGACCAUGAGAACGAUUGCAAGGACGGUUCAGAUGAAGAAGGCUGUGUUUACCCACCUUGCGCACCCGGAGAAUUUACUUGUCUUAACUCUCGCUGUAUUCCAAUGUCUCAAGUCUGCAACGGCAUUAAUGAUUGUAAAGACAAUAUUACUUCUGAUGAAACACACGAGAGAUGCCCAAGGAAUACAACCUGUCCAGCAAAUCAUUUGAAAUGUGAAAAAACUAACAUCUGUGUUGAACCUUACUGGCUGUGCGAUGGUGAUAAUGAUUGUGGUGACAAUUCUGAUGAGGAUCCGCUACAUUGCGCACAAAGAACCUGUCCACAAAAUAGUUUCCGUUGUCCUAACCACCGAUGCAUUCCUGCUACUUGGUACUGUGAUGGUGACGACGAUUGUGGUGAUGGAGCUGAUGAACCACCAGAGUACUGUCGUUCAGAAGGUCGCACAUGCUUUGGUGAUUUGUUCACUUGUGAUAAUGGAAACUGUAUACCGAGAAUUUACAUUUGCGAUGGAGAUAAUGACUGUUUGGAUAAUAGUGACGAAGAUUCAAGGCAUCAAUGUAAUGAACGAAAAUGUGAUCCUGAAACAGAAUACACCUGCGAGGAAAACAGAUUUUGGAAUAGAGCUCAAUGUAUUCCUAAGAAAUGGUUAUGUGACGGUGAUCCUGAUUGUAUUGAUGGAGCAGAUGAAAAUUCAACCAUACAUCACUGUUCAACUCCGACACCGUGUACAGAAGAUCAAUUCCAAUGUAACAAUGGCCGAUGCAUUAAUGAAGGGUGGGUUUGUGAUCACGAUAAUGACUGUGGAGAUGGGUCUGACGAAGGCAAGCAAUGUAACACGCAAUACAAGAGCUGCACAGACCAGGAAUUCCGGUGCCAGAAUUUCAAAUGUAUCAGGAACCAUUUCAGAUGUGAUGGUGAAGAUGAUUGCGGUGAUCAUUCAGAUGAAGUAGGAUGUGUUAAAGAAAAUAAGACAUGCCCCACUGGUCAAUUCAAAUGUAAUAACGACCAAUGCAUUGACAAUAGAUUAGUUUGCAAUAAAGUGUCUGACUGUACAGAUGAUUCAGAUGAGCCAGCGCAUUGUAAUGUCGAUGAGUGUGCUAAAUUAGAAAUACAUCAAUGUGGCCAUAAAUGUAUUGAUACUCUAACUGGAUACUAUUGCGAUUGUAAUCAAGGUUAUAAACUAUUAGCUGAUGGAAAAGCCUGUGCAGAUAUCGAUGAAUGUAUAGAGACGCCAGGUGUAUGUUCGCAAUAUUGUUCCAACACUCCAGGAUCUUACUAUUGUAAGUGUAAUGACCAAUACUAUGAAAGGGAAGCCGAUGAACAUACAUGCAAGAGAAAAGAUAACACAACCGCAUGGGUCAUAUUUACAAAUAAAUACUAUGUAAGAAAUAUGUCGACGGAUGCAUCAUUGUAUAAUUUAGUUCACCAAGACCUUAUGAACGUAGUUGCCAUAGAUUUUGACGUCAAAGAACAACAAAUUUAUUUCGCAGAUGUAUCUGCUAAAACUAUAUACAGAUCAGAUUAUUCCGAUCCCAAUCCCAAUAAAGAAGUCGUAAUAAGGCACGAUUCUCAUGGCCUGGAAGGUAUAGCUGUCGACUGGAUAGGAAGGAAGUUGUACUGGCUAGAUAGACAUUCAAAGAAUUUAGAUGUCGCAGAAUUGGACGGUACUAGAAGAAAAACUUUGAGAACUGGAAUUGCUGAUCCUAGAGCUAUUGUUGUCCACCCAGGUACUGGUUACUUAUAUUUCACAUCGUGGCAUUUACAGGCAUACAUAGGAAAAUUGGGUAUGGAUGGAUCCAACUUUACUGCUAUCUUAAACUGGGAAGACGAUAUCGCAUGGCCUAAUGCGUUAACGGUUGAUUAUUUCACUGACAGAAUAUAUUGGGCCGACGCUCACUUAGAUUAUAUCGGAUCUGCUGAUUUAGAAGGUCGUCACAGACAUGUUGUAUUAUCCGGUACCAAAGUGCCACAUGUGUUUGCAUUAAGUCUCUUCGACGACGAAAUCUAUUGGACUGAUUGGAACCUGAAAGCAAUUAGCAAAGCGAAUAAGCACUCUGGUGAAAACUUAGUAACGCUUAGAAACACGACUCAUCGACCAUACGAUAUUCACGUUGUACAUCCAUUAAGACAGCUUCCUUACACGAAUCCUUGCGGUACCAACAACGGAGGAUGUUCGCAUCUGUGCUUAUUAGCCCCACCCCACGAAUCUAGCUAUUUGAACAUUGAAGGGUAUGGUGAAGAAGGUGCAACGACUUAUAAAUGCGCUUGUCCGAACCAGUUCUACUUAUCGAGAGACAUGAAAACAUGUAUAGCUAACUGUACAGAUGGCCAACAUAGGUGUAAUGGUCGCGAUGAAAAAUGCAUACCAUGGUUCUGGAAGUGCGAUGGCGAGAAAGACUGUAUGGACGGAUCCGACGAACCAGAUACCUGUCCUGUUAGACAUUGCAGAGCUGGUUCCUUCCAAUGUAAGAAUACUAACUGCACUCCGGCUGCUACUAUUUGUGAUGGUACAGAUGAUUGUGGAGAUGGCAGUGACGAAGCACAGUGCGCACAUGAAUGUCCACAACUUGAAUUCAAGUGUAAAAGCAGUGGAAGAUGUAUAUUAGAAAGUUGGAAAUGUGAUGGAGACACUGACUGUAAAGAUAACAGUGAUGAAGACCCAGCUAUGUGUCACAACCGGCCGUGUAAUCCAGAUACUGAAUUCUCUUGCAAGAAUGGACGUUGUAUACCUAAAUUAUGGAUGUGCGAUUUCGAUAAUGAUUGUGGCGAUGAUUCUGACGAGCCAGCAUACAUGUGCCGACAGAAGAACUGUACUACUGGAUGGAGAAGAUGUCCUGGCCACUCUAAUUAUAGGUGCAUACCGAAAUGGUUGUUCUGUGAUGGUAAAGAUGAUUGCAGAGACGGUUCCGAUGAGUUGCCAGAAAAUUGUCCAUCGUGCGUAGGUAAAACUGACUUCACGUGUGAAAACAAGCGGUGUAUUCCAAAACAAUGGCUAUGUGACUUCACCGAUGACUGUGGAGAUGGUAGUGAUGAAGCAGAAUCUGUCUGUCAGCAUAAUUACAGAGAAUGUUCGGAAUCUGAAUUCAAAUGUGGUAAUGGCAAGUGUAUAUCGUCAAGAUGGCGCUGUGAUCAUGAAGACGACUGCGGAGACAACACUGAUGAAAUGGAAUGCGGAGGGUUCAAAUGCAAGAACGGAACAUUCCAAUGUAAAUCCGGACAUUGUAUUGCCGCAUACUUCCGUUGCGAUGGCGACAGGGAUUGUAGAGAUUUAUCUGAUGAAAUUGGAUGUCCACCAAGAUUCCCUGGCGGCCGAUACUGUCCUGAGAGCAGAUUCCAGUGUGGCAAUAACCUGUGCGUGUCGCAGUCAGAUUUAUGUGACGGAACAGACGAUUGUGGCGAUGGAUCAGACGAAGCUCCGAGCAUUUGUACCAACUUCAAUUGCGAUACACUCAGACGCUUCCAUUGCGAUAAUCACCGUUGUGUAGCAAGGUAUCAAGUAUGCGACGGAAUAGACAAUUGUGGAGAUGGUUCGGACGAGAAUAACAUGACAUUGUGCGCUGCUCGAGCGAGACCCUGUGAUCCGAUAACGCAGUUCCAGUGCGCCAACAAGAACUGCGUGCCGCGCACUGUUAUGUGUGACCAUAACGAUAAUUGUGGUGAUGCGUCUGACGAGCGAGGUUGCCACUUCGCUUCUGGCUGCUCAGUGCAAGACAAAGGCGGUUGCGAGCACCUAUGCACGAACCUAACAGCCGUCGAGGGUUCGGAAGGUCUGUGGGCGGGCGGCUACAUCUGCACGUGCUUCCCGGGCUGGAUCAUCUCGCCGGCGGACAGCAAGCGCUGCGUCGACGUGGACGAGUGCGCCAACGGCUCGCACCACUGCUCGCAUAUCUGUACCAACCUUAAUGGUAGUUAUUCGUGCUCUUGCCGCGAUGGUUUUAGAUUGGCCGAUAACCUAUCCGGAGUUUGUAAAGCAUUGGAAGAUGAAUUGGUGUUGAUGUUUGCAAACGGUCCGGAGAUCCGCGCUUUCGUACAAGACAAGAAUGAAGAAUUUGAUAUCAUCACGUCUGAAAAGAGAAUAGAAGCCAUCGACUACGAUCCUAAACAAGAGAUGGUGUUCUGGGCGGACAGCUACGAUAGAACCAUCAAACGGUCAUACAUGAUUAAUGCUCUGAACGGACAAGUAAAGAGCGGUUUUGCUCAAGAUUUGAAGGGUAAAGGAAACGCUAAACCGACAGGAAUAGCUGUGGACUAUGUUGGAGGAAACCUCUACUGGACUGAAACAGAUAGAACUGGAUCGAAACCUAAAGGCAGAGUGAUGGUAGCAAGGAAUGAUGGCCGUUAUAGACGCGCUCUUGUAUCUGCUGGCAUUGAAAACCCGACAUCGUUAGUACUAGACCCACAAAUGGGUAAAAUGUUCUGGGCCGAUGCUGGUUCCGCACCUAAAAUAGAAACAGCGUGGAUGGAUGGUUCGAAACGACGACCAGUUGUUACUGAAAACAUAAGACAUCCUACCGGUUUAGCUAUCGAUUAUGCGAUGGACCACACUAUUUACUGGGCGGAUACAAAACUAAAUACAAUAGAAAUGAUGAGACACGAUGGUACGAACAGAAAGGUGGUUUUGAAGGGAGACUUCCUGAAACAUCCUUUGUCUUUGGAUGUAUUUGAAUCAUCGCUAUAUUGGGUCACCAGGGACACGGGAGAACUUGUCCGACAGGAUAAGUUUGGAAGAGGAGUGCCAUUCGUUAUAUCCAAAGAUCUAGUCAAUCCAUCAGCUGUUAAAGUGUACCACCGGCAACGCUACAACACAUCACUAGCGGGCCGCGCGGACUGCAGCCGCGCGCCGUGCUCGCACCUGUGCCUGGCCGUGCCCGCCGGCCACCGCUGCGCCUGCCCCGACCAGCAGUACGCGCCCAAGCGGGCCAGCCCCGACGUGCCCUGCGAUGCUGCGGUAGAGCAAGAGCGCGCGCUACCGCUCGCGUGCCCGUGCCAGAACGGCGGCACGUGCCGCGAGACGUCGACCGGCGACGUGGAGUGCGUGUGCCGCGCGGGGCAGCUGGCGCCGCACUGCGCCAGCGCGCAGCCCGCCGGCGGCGCCCGCACCGCGCCCGCGCUGCUCGUGCCGCUGCUGCUGGUGCUGCUGCUGGCCAUCGCGGGGGCCGCCGCCUGGUUCGUUAUUAGGAAGCGCCCGUUCGGCAAAGUGAGCGGCCUUAGCAGCCUAGCGUCCUCCCAGAGCGUGUCCUUCCGUCCCGGCUCCAACGUGGAGCUCGGCGGGGUGGGGGCAGUCGCGGGAGCAGGGGGCACUGGCGCGGGGGCAGCGGGGGCAGAUGCCUACUCGCUGGAGCCGCGCAAGGGCAGGGACUUUACCAACCCGAUGUAUGACGCGGUGACGCGGGCUGCGCUGCCCGAGCCGGAACCGUUACCGGGCAUAUACGAGGUACCUGAGGAACUGAAGGAAAAGGUUGUGUCGGCGGUUAUCUCGCCCUCAUCGACGGAGACGCGCGGGGGCCCCGGCAAGAGGCCCCGCGCGCUGGACCCGGCCGCCGACACGGGCGCCGACACGCAGCAGCUUGUACGUGAGGACAAAGACUGCUAGCGGGGGGCGGCGCGCGGGGCCUCCCCCCGGCGGGGGCCCCGCGCCGCCCGAGCGCUCCUACUGAAGCUGCGCAACUGGAGGCCCCGCCGCCAACGCGCACACACCGUAUUUUACUGAGACAUCUUAAAAAGAUUCACUGACAAAAACAUUUUAUAAUAUAUUUUGAAUAAAUAUUUUGUGUGACUGAAUUCAUAUCGACAGUGGAUAAUGUUUUAAACGUUAAUUUUUGUCGGUGAAAUCAAAUAUUGUUUCAGAUUCAUUAACAGAAUAUUUGUUUUUAUGAUCGGCUCUUAUUUAUUUUUUUUCAAAAAUUUCCAUGAAAUAGCUGAUUUAAAGACGCUCAUUUUGUUGAUGAGUCUGAAGUGCGUCCUAGCUCCACUAUUAAUUUGUAAACUUAAGUAAAUGGUGUUAGCUAGAUUCUUAGUGUUGUAAUAUUUGACGAUAUUUUGCGAAUCGCAUCGUUUCACUCGUUUCGGAGAUGCGAAUAGUGGACCUAGUGAAGUAUUGACCGCUAAUGGAGUCGAUCGUUGAAUCGACUGAAUAUACAAAGUAUGAAAACUUACUUAUACCUUUGUUGUAACUUUCCAUAUAUUUUAUUGACUGUUUUUAUUCUUUCUUCCCUUCUGUUAUCGCGUUUCUUUCCUGAUCAACGAGGCCGUACUUACGUGUCAUUCCUUCUAUGUGAAAUAAAUCAUAUCAACGAGUGAUAAUUGCUAGGUGUACUUUAUUAUUAGUGUAUAACGUUCUAACAUUCCAAAAUCAGUAUAGACUUAAUAAUUCCUAACGUAUGUAUAAAUGAAAGGUAUAUAUUAUAAGUAAAUGUUUUUAGUACAUAAAGUUCAGUUGGAUAUCGGCCCGACUCGGGCUCGGAUUCGUUUGACAAUAAGACGUAACUAUUUAGAAAAUUAUUUAUUUAUUUCGUUUUAAGACUAUGUAAAAUAUAGCAAUGUUGUGUUUUAUAAUUGUCUAUUGAAUGUAAAGUUUUGUGGGAUCACUGAGGGUUGCCAUACAAAGUGUGAGAUAUUUCUGUUGUUGUAAUUUUUAAACUUUAUGUCAAUUUUUUUAGAAAGGCUAUAAAUUGUAAAUAUGCAUACAGUGUUGUGAUGUACAUUAUAAAUGAACGAAAUUUUUAUCACCUGUUUAUGAUGUAUAAAUAUGUACUAUUACUUGUAGGCAGAUAAUGAUGAAACAUCACAAUUUUAUUAUGUUAGAAGCGACCACAGGACACAAUAAAAAUAAAAUAUUAUUAUACAUAAAUGUAAAAAGUUACAAAUCUGUCAAUAUAAUAUUUAAGGAGAUGAAAUAUUUUUGUAUUGGGAUUAUUAUUAUAUAGAUUAUACUUAGAUGUCAUUGACUAUAGUCGAGUUGUGUAAAAAUUAAAUUAAAUGAAAUGAAUUUUA